AGCCUCAUUAACCCGGUUGUGUGGAGGGGUUGACACCUGUGGUUAAAGGACUUGACUAUUAAAGCUGACUCCAGAAGCCUGGCUGCUGUGCUGAGCACUUGCUUGAAGCAGUGCUGAAGGGCCCUUUUUACAGCAAGGGAGAUGGCAGCACGGUGGGCUGUGCUGGGGCUGUUGGCUGCCUCCGUGGCCACUGCUGCGAAGGAAUCUGUGCUCAACAUGUGCAUGGACGCCAAGCACCACAAAACCAAGCCAGGCCCGGAGGGGGCGCUGCAUGGCCAGUGCGCCCUGUGGAAAGACAACGCCUGCUGCACGGCCGAGACCAGCAUGGGGGCUCACCAGGACCAGUCCUACCUGUACAACUUCAACUGGAACCACUGCGGGGUGAUGCCAGAGAUGUGCAAGCGGCACUUCAUCCAGGACACGUGUCUGUACGAGUGCUCGCCCAACCUGGGGCCCUGGAUCGACCAGGCGGAUAACAGCUGGCGCCGGGAGAGGAUCAUCAAUGUGCCGCUGUGCAAGGAGGACUGCGAGCUGUGGUGGGAGGCCUGCAAGGACGCUGUCACCUGCAAAGAGAACUGGCACAAGGGCUGGAACUGGACCUCAGGGACCAACUGGUGCCCCCGUGGCUUCACGUGCCAACCAUUCAAAUACGUCUUCCCCCGGCCGGCGGACCUGUGCGAGAAGAUCUGGUCCAACUCCUACAAAUACACCACAGAGCACUGGGGCAGUGGGCGCUGCAUCCAGAUGUGGUUCGACCCUGCCAAAGGGAACCCCAACGUGGCCGUGGCCAAGUACUACGCCCAGAACGGGAGAGAUGCCUCUCCUGCGCCACGGGCUGUCCUGCUGCUGCUGCCGGCUGCUCUCCUGGCCCUGUUCUGAGCAUCCAGAAGCCUCUGGCAGCUCCACUGGCUUAUACAGGAAAUAUUUCCACUCGGGGCACAGGGUGUGUUUGCCCUGCAGCCCUGUUUUGGGCUCUGGCCAGCAGAUUGAGGAUUCUGUCUGGCUACUGCUAACCCUGACAAGACACGAUAGAACCAGAUUAGUCCCUCCCUUCCCCUGUCAUUGUCCCUCUGAUCUUAUUGUCUGUUCUCCUGCCAGGCUCCUCUCUCCCAGCAGGCUCUGGGGGAGAUCCCUCCAUGUCCUGGGGAUCUGAGCUCUGUAACAUGCAGCAACUCCCUGGCUGGGUGUAUUUAUUCUGUCAGGUUCCAGGGCAGGUCCCCUCUAAUUAUGGUGCCCUCAGCUACCUAGCAUCCUUGUCUGAUCCCUGCGCACCCUGGAAAUUCAGGAGUCCCCUGCCUUGGCUUGCAGCCUGCCCUGGUGUCUCUGCUUCAGCAGACUGGACACUCACAUGGGGCUCCAGUGCACCCCCCACCCCCAAACUACACCCUGCCCUUUAAGGGUGAGCCCAUGUGCAGCCACCACCACCCUUAUGCUCCUAGCUGCAGGGUUCUGCUGCCUAGUUGGAGCAGAUGCAUGGGAGGAAGACCCCCCCCCUCAACUCCCCUGCUGUCAGAGCUCCCCCACCCCCUCUGUCCUGCCUGGCUCUGGUUUCCCAGCGGGGCUCUCACCAUGUGGUCAAUAGGAAGCGCUGCCUGGCUUGGCAGGAUGCUCCCAGCUCUAGCUCUUGCCUGGAGCUGGACUCCUGCUCUGCCUGGCCUCUAACCUGCUCCAGGACUAGCUGGGGCUGCACACGGUGCUCCCAGCGCUGGCUGCAGACCCAGUGACCAGGGCCAGCCCCUAGCACCAGAGCAGAGCCUGGGCUCGCUGUCCUGCCCUUGUGCCCCUGAGCUGCGGGUGGGAACUGUCGGGAACUGAGACCUCCCAGCUUGUGAGAGAAUCUGGCAAAAUAAACUGUCCCAGCCCUGCUCUGUGCUUGUCUCCUCCUUGAUGGACACGUCCUUCUGCUCGGUGCCCAGGGCUGCAGAGCUAGAGGUGGGCCCAGCCAGAGGCUCCUCAGGUUGCCUGGCAGGUGGGUACCUUCGUCCAGUGGCUGGGGGUAGAGUGUGAUUGCUGCAUGUGGGCCUGGCUCCAGCCUCUGCUAGCCCCCCAUGUGGGGCUCUGAGUUGUUUGACCCCAGAGCAGGGUCUGGGCAAUGGAGACAGCUGCACCAUCCUCUCCUGCCUGGUGCUAGGAACUCACUCCACCUGGCUCCCCUCCCUUGCAUCCCCACCCACCGCUCUCCUGCCACAGCAGGCAGGUGCAAUGCUACACCCAUAACCUGGGCAUUGGUAAGGAAGAGGUCUGGUCCCUGACUGCCAGCUGAGCUGUGUUCAGAGUCCCAUGCAGUGACUAAGGAUGUGCAAUCGACCAGCUCAGACCUUGCCCAGGGGAGGCACUGCAUGUUCUGCUGUUCAUUGAACGGCAUGGUCAGAAGGGCUGGUUCUUUGCUAAGGAGCUGUGGGGGGCAGCAGAGUUUCUGAUUAGAGACCUUCACACCCCCACCCUUUCCAACAGAUGCUGUGUCUAGACAGAGCUUGGCAAAACCUCAUGGUGGCUGAUGUUCUGCCCAGUCUUGCACCCAGGCUGCAUAGCCCACAGUGGGGGACCCUCUGCGGGAAGAUGCAGGGCCCAGUCCCAUACUGGCCGCAAGCCUGGUAUGAGCUACUGCCCUUCAGCUUUCCUCACUCUUGAAGAAUGAUCUCCAGGCUUGUCUUCCCCUGUAGCCGUGUGGCACUCCUCCCCCUGCACAGUGCAGCUGGGGGGCUUUCGGGAAGCUGCUAC